AUGAUGUUCUUACGAAUAUUAUCUAUCAAAAUACAAUCAAAAUCUAAUAUUUUUGGUAUUCAUUUGCAUUCUGCGAUAUAUUCAAAUAAAAAGUUCGAGCGUAUACCAAUCACAAGUAUUGUUGAAUCAUUAACUGUAUAUGAUUGCAUUUUUCAAGAUAAUGUUAAUCUCGAAGGCGUUGGCGGAGCAAUUAUUGCUUCAACGCCAGUAUUUUGCUAUAACUCUUUAUUUCAACGAUGUUAUGCUGAAGCUGUUGCAGGAAUUACCACUACAAGAAAUCUUAAUCUCGAAAAAUCAGUUUUUGAUUCCUGUCGAGCACCAAAUACAGCAGGUUUUAAGUGUGAUAGAGGUGAAACUGUUUCACUUAACGAAUGUGGCUUCUCAUCUCUAGAAACAAAAGAAAACGGAAUUUUGCUACUAUAUUGGCUUAAAACAUUCAAAUUUACAAACUGUAAUUCUUCGGAUAUACAUGUUCUUUCAUAUGAUUCGAUAGGACUCAUUUUUUCUGACACUUCUUAUUUUAAUUGGAAUAAAUUUUAUCAUAUUAAAUCAGAAAACAUACAACCAGGAGUAUCAAUUAUCGAAUCAGUCAAUUUUGUUGCAGAAAACUCAAUUUUUAACAAUUUCACAGCAGAACACGAUACAUUAAACGGAGUUUUCCAAUCUUCGUCAUCAAUUAAUAAAAUCUCAGUAAUUUCAAGCAUAUUUACUAACUUUCAGAAGCAUAUUCUCACUGCUGAACAACCUGCAGAAUUUUUAUUCAUCAAAUGCUCUUUUUCUGUUUCUAAAGAAGACGUUAUUGUUUAUUUAAGUGAUGGCGAAUUUCAUUUCGAUGAAAAGGGCUGUUCUUAUAAUGUUAAUCAAAAUAUUCCUGAAAUCACAAUUAAAAAAUUGAAAAUAGACAUUAAAAAAGAAGAAAAUAAUAAAAAUGAAGUAGUUAUAAUCAACGAAGAUUCACAGCCAAAUUUUGUAUUUUAUUCCGUAAUGUUCCUCAUCGGACUCUUUGUUGGAGUCUAUCUCGGCGUUAAUAUUUUUGUUUCCCAUAAAUUCCAUUAA